GAAUGUACACAACUUGGAAGUUUGUACGCGAAGUUAAUCAAGCUAAUAACAUUAUGGGUUCACGAUAGAACAGAACACAGUCAAAGGGGUGAACAUCCUUUACUAAGGAAGAUGGCGGACAUCUAUAAAGUCUCGGGGACGGAGAACCUGAAAGCUCUCGAGAGGGAGCUGGGCAAGGAGCUGCAGGAACUCAAGAAUGAGAUCGAGGAGAAUGAGAUGGUCCACGGACUGCCUGCAAGGACAAUAAGCUCGUUACCCCUGCCAAAAGAUGUUGAGCAUUUCAGGAGAGAAAGGAAAGUGGUGCUUGACAGGGCUUUGAUGAUCAGUGAGGCGCACCCGACUGUGAUACAGGCCGACGUGAUGAAGGAGGAGCUGUUGAACUGUGAGAGACCAGAGUACACGGCUGAUAACAUGCCGCUCUUGUUACUUCAGCACUUCUCUGAACGGAUCUACCAGUUGGUUCAAUGUAAACACAUGCACAUGCUUCGGUGGAAGAGGUUCUGUGAACACAGCAGCACCAUCGAGUCACUCUAUCCCGCCUAUCAGAAAAGAUUAGCUGACAUCAUGACCGAGUAUCACGACUGCCUGAGCCGAACCCAGCGACUUUCAGUAGCACGGGAAGCCCACCUUGCUGGCAUGAAUAACGCUUCCCCUGCUGUGAAAAUGGACGACCUUCUCAUCUACCUCCGGUGGCUGAUUUGUCAUCUCCAUGCUAUAAAGAAGUUCAACCAAUUCGCUAGGGUAUUGCAAUGGUUCCCGGUCACCCACAAAACAGAUGUCACACCCACUUUACCAGAUGCCAAAGAGCAGGAUGAUGAUGCACCCACCACCUCUCGCUUCACCUCCCGUUACCAAGACGACACUGCCUCCUUCCUGUCACGGCCAGCCUCAGGCAGGUCGCGGCCGAGUUCAGGCGCAUCCCUCCACUCACCGUCCCCGGUUCCAAACCCACCGUCUGGUUUGAGUCACACACAGUUGCUGUCGGCACAAGUGGGACCAAUGUCGUCUGCUCCGAUGUUGUAUGCUGCGGCUGCUGCAGGUGGAGGUAUAGCAUCCGAUGAACAGAAUCUGGGUCUGCCCCUCCAUGUGAACGAUUUUGACUCGAUCAAGGUGCACCUCAAUGUUUUCGUCAACAUGUAUGGCCUCUCAACGGAUGUUGAAAGUAUGAAGAGUACAGCAGAUGAGAUGGAACUAUAUGCUGCUGUGAACAGAAAAUUCAAACAGAUCUUUGUCCGGCAAGAGACCAUGAAAACUUUCAAGACCUAUGAUCGAAUCGAGUCAGGUCAAGAGAACUGGGGAGCUGACCACUCGACACAUGCUCUGAAGCAGGACGCCAACUGGCUGUCAUUUGUCAAGCUGCUUCCGGAGAAGGACCCGCACCAAGAGCGUCAGUUCUUGCAGUUACGGCAGCGCAACAAUGUGGAUGAGUUGUUACGAGUGAUGUCAAGAUUCUUACAAGUUCAUGAUCCAGAGAGAAUUCAAGACACCCUGAGGGAGCAUGCGAUCUCUGUCCGCGAACCCCCGUCAGUCACGCCUGUCUACGUCACGUCAAACAGAACGGGCAACAAUACAAAACUCAUCUGGAAGAAGAUCUACACCAAUCCAGAACUGUUCACGUUGCAAGAUCAAAACCAAGAUAUACAGCUCAUGGAAAUAGAAGAAAAAGACACGGAUAAUGUCAACUUGAGUCGAAGUCGUACUUCAAGUGCCAAAAAGAGGAAAGAUAGUUAUGACUAUUCCACAACUGUACAAAUGUUAGGACUUGAUGAUGGUGAUCAAGAUAGUAGUGAUGUAGCCAGCCUCCAGGGGGCAUACCUCUCAUUCCUUCAUCUGCGUCACCUGCGGAUCCGAGACCUGCAACGAACCUGUCUCAGCAUCCUGAACUAUUUCCGAUCGGUUGAGAGAACGAUGACGAUCAAUGAUGGUGGGUUGUCGUUGGAUGGCUGCAGGUUGAAGAGGACGAGUGCCCAGAACCACAGGAAGAGUGCUACUGAGCUCGGUGGUGUUGGUGGUGGAGGUGGCCUUGGCUCCCACCAUUACCUGCAUUACAACCCAAGGGACUACAGGAUGUCUGAAGCAGAGUUUAUGCACUUCUCCGAGGUUGAGAACCAUGAUGACUUCUACACAUCAGAUGAGGGGCGGGUUCAUGUUCAGGAUCAGAGAGGGUAUUACAUGAUGUACGAUGCUGCCUUGGAAGAUCUCAAAGCUUUGGAGCAAGAUCUGCUGCUGCUGGCCACACACUAUAUAGAGAAGGACAAGGACAUGAGGACGGCAUCUAGAAUCAACAGAGCAGCCUCUUCAAGUUCGAGGAUGAAAAAGUCGUCGGCUGGUGACUUCGACAUUCCUAGCUAUGGUCAUCAAGAAGUGGACCGAUUCGGCAUUCUGUUGGAUCUGUGGACUAACGAAGCUGCAUACUUAGAGUGCAAGAAAGGGCUAUUAGAUUGCUAUGUUGAAGCCUAUCUCCAUGUGUUUGAUCGUGAUGAGAAACGUGGCGUCGCCCAGGUCAUGACCAACAUCAUGUACAAGCGGCCGAGAUUCGACUUUAGUGCCUCCUAUUUCCUCAAGUCUUACAGAAUGGAAUGCAUUUGUCUGCGGUUGCACAGCACAUUGAUCAAAAAUAUAUUGGAUAACCAGAUUGAGGAUCAGAGGGAGUACAUCCACAAGGUGACGAGGGAUGCACAUGAUAGUGACUAUGGAUUACCUCACAAGGUCAUCGCCAAACAACCCAUCUCUAUCAACAUUAGCAGGCCAGCAUUGCGUAAUAUUUUCCUGUUGGAGUUUCACCCAUCACUGAGUAUAGCCAGCCGUCUGCCCGAUGCACUGAAGCAUGCUUACUGGGAGUUGUAUCACCUGCACAAACCUGAGACGACGUCAGAGGCGGUGCAUCUUGAGAAGAGGAUGCUGGAGGUGGCACUGAAAGAGUGGGACAAGAUGGACACACUUGGCGCGUCUUAUUCUCACCAGAUGCAGAAAGAUCUCUUCCAAGGCAUGUAUGUUGAAGACCCGCAGCUUCUUGUAGAGAUUGCUCACACUCUAGUCCAUGAGGAGGAGCAGACAGGCAGGAGGAGAACACAGAAGGAAAAGCACACGGACAUCUUGAAUUCUAUAUGCAGAGUCAUGGAGAUGGUGACAUUGAGGCACAGACUGUUGGAUUCUGCUUGGGAAACCGAGGUUCUCUCCAAGAUCUACAGAAAACAGGCCGUGGACAUGGGAUAUGACGAGUGCCAUCUCUUCUUGCGGUUCGUCCAAUUUGAAUAUGCAAAUUUCAAGGAGAAUGCUGGGAAGCCUCCUCCUGUAUUCAUCACCGCCAUCCAGGAGGAUGAUACAAGUGUGGACAAGUACACUCCCUCAAAUCUCUAUCUCGCCAUCAAUGAACUCGAUGAAAGCCACGUUGGCAAAUUCUCCUUCAAGUCUCGUGAGGGAAUCCUGCAGGUGUUGAAGUGUUUGGGUAGCCUGCAGACUAUCCUGAUGGCCCAAGUUGUUCACAAGAAUGCCCUCGUCUCCGCUGUUCUACAGGGCCAUGGCUGCCAGCCUAUCAAACCAACAUUCAUUGACGCUAAAACUAGUGGCCGUUUAAGUCCAUCGGAGACAAAGAGUGAGAAGAGUUCCUUGACCGCCAUGACAGGGUUGUCCAGUGGAACCCAGGGGACCAUGCUUGCCUCAAAGCUUCAGACAGGCACGCCCAUGGCAAGGAAGUCACCCGAGGCGUUUGUGUCCUUGCAACUGGAGAAGAAUCCCAGCCGUGAUCUGAUGCUCAAUGACUUUGUCAACAAGAAGUCCUCGAUGAGUAUGAUACUGAAGAACCCAGAGGAGAUGGAGAAGUUGAAGAGGAAACUGAUAGGAGAAUAUUGCCAUAAGUUCAUGGUGCGGGUGUCACAGUAUUCACUACGAGCUCAGAUCAUCGCAUACUACAACAGUAUCCUGGGUCUGCUGGAGCAGUUCCCUUCAAUACGAGAGAACUACUUUUUGUUGGGUGAGCUGAAUGAGAAGAAGUCUGAAAAUGAUGACGUCCUCGGGUUAACCCCUGAUGCCAGGUCCCUCAAGAAACGUCCACGUCGACUUCUCUCCCCCGACGGCAAACAUGUGCUCAACAUCUGGUUCAUCCCUCACUACUCUGAAAUCCUGAUCAUGUUCAAGACGAUGGAGGACGACACGUGUAACCGAGCGCUGCGUUACUGCUCCCUCAUCGUGGCCGCACUCCAUGACAUCCUACAAUACCUGUGCGCUCAUGCCAAGUUAGGUAGUGCCAAUGCGAGGUUGGGCAAGAAGGAAGGUGUGGUGGCAGCAGACUGGGGUGGCACUGAAGGAAUUGGUGCCGACCUCCGAGAACUCCAGAAACAAAUCAACCACCUGCCGUUCUCGACGAGCCCAGACCAAGUUGCUGAGUUACUGACUCUGCGACGUGACGUCAUGCUCCUGGAGUUUGACACAUCCGUUCGGCUGUCGAUGAGGAAUACAUUCCUACAGAUGGGAAACAUCCAGGCCUAUAAGGCCAUUACGAACAACAUCUUCACCGCUCUACCAGCCCUCAGCAAUGUGAUAAGCCCAAGUGUCCUAGCUACCGGGCUCAGCAUCCCAGAACCACUCGAGCCAAAAGAUCAUAAAGCUAAGGAGUUGUAUCCGUGGAGAACGUUUAUCAACAACCAAGGACCGUUCCCUGUGACCUACUGGCAGUGGCAGCAGAUAGAAUACUAUAUCCAACUCUGCCUGUCAGGAUUAAAAGAGGUGGACCGCUCGGUUGCAAAUGGUGAGAUUCUGGGGGUGACACUCCUAAUGGAGGACGUGCUCAACAGUGGGUACCUCGACACUGCCACGUUGUCUUUGGAGAGCGAAGAUGAAGAAGGUGGAUCACGUCAUCCAUCGCGGCCGACAAGCAGAAUGAGUCGUAUUGGUGGAUCGCGGAAAUCAAGCCUGCUGCCUGCAUCGGAAAGUUCCUACGUCAAGGAACCAGUUGUCGAGAAGAAGACACUAUCGCAGCAAACUCAGCCAAUCGAAUCCUAUAAGCUCCUGCACGUUUUCCUCCUGCUCUGGCGGCGGCUAGAGAUGAUGAAGGCGGCCUGGGGUCGGCGGAAAUUGGGCGUUGAGGACAUUGAUACUGUAUCAGCCUUCAGGGAAUACACGAUACUGUACAAGGUUGAGAAGCUAUUUCCUUGUUUGAAGAGUAUCGCUGCUCGACACGGACGCGCCGACUUCUAUGACGGAAUGGCGGCAGAUAGUGAGACACUGUCGCCACCUCCUGGAGCGAGUGAGAUUGAGAUCAAGACUAAACAGCUGGUGAAGUUAUGUGAAAGUUUGGAGGUGUUCAUGAUCACAGAAGUACGACGGAAGUUGCUGCGUGAAUUAAACCUGGUGCUAGCAGAGAGAGCGAGAGAGGAGAGCGCCCUGCCAACUGACCUUUGGAAGAAACCUGCAAUGAAGGAAAGUUACACUAUUAACAAACCUCACAUAGCGGAAGACUUCAAGGAUCUGUUGAUGGCCGAGGUGCAGGAAGAGGAGGAUGGAACGCUGGUGUUCACCAAGAAACACCUGAACACUUGUCUCCAGCAGCUAGCCAGGGAUGUCAUGGAGAGGGAGAGACAUAACUAUGAGAGCUAUGCCAUGUAUUAUGAGAAUUUGCUCAGGUCCCAACACCAACUGCUUUAUCAGAAGGAGCAGGAAGUCAAACAGGUCCGCGACCAGCUGAACACAUCGAGGAAUGAUACGAUGGUAGAUGUGCAGUGUCUGCUGGCCGAUCAGAGUCAUGAGCUGCUGCUAGAAAUCACUGCCCUGCGAGCCAAGAUAGCUGAGAUGAGGGAGAUCAGUCUCACCCAAGAGAGAGACAUUCGCGAACGAGUGAAGGAAGAGUAUGACGAUCUCAUAAGGAACCUCUUCUCGUCUGCGUUCGAGCUCAAGUCACGAUUUGAUGAAUUCAGGCACGAGCUGCAUGACGAUUGUUUCGAUAAGAUAUCUGAGGCGAGGAGAGAAGCGAUUGAGGCAAUGACUCGGCUCAAACAGAAGUCUGGUGGCUCGGACAAAGAUGACGAGGUAACGGCACGCCUCCUAUCCAUGUCGGAGCAGAUUCGAGAGACCAAGCAUGAGAACUACACGCUUGGUAAACUCAUGUUGAAGAUGAAGUCCAUGACAAACUGGAGACAGAAUCACAUGCAGGAAAACUUCUUUAAACAGGUUGCUGAACUCAAGAAAGAGUCGGACCACAGCAAGAAGGAAUACCUCGGAGUGAAGAUGAUGGCCGAGGAGGAGGUGAUUCUCUAUCGCCAGCAACAGGUGGCGCUCCGCAAGUAUCUACAGGAGGCGGAGAGAGAAUUACUUGAAGUCAAGAAACUCAUGGAUAAAGAGAUAAAAAACAAAAAAGAGAAAAUGCACACAGCACAACAAAAGGCUCAGAGUCUGAAACAACUGGAGAUGGCACGGGCUGCUAAUGCAGAGAAACUGUUAGAGGAGCUGGAAGAGAAGGAGUUGAGGUUAAAGGUCAUGGAGGAGGAACAAGAAAAACAUGUCCGCCUCAAACAGUUGACAGAGGAGAAGGCGCGUAAAGACGUGUCGCAGGUCAAGAAACAUCUCAAUCAUGAACGCCACCUCAAGCUGGAUGCAUUCAACAGAUGUGACGAGCUACAAACUACGCUGUAUGACUUUGAGCUCGCUGCAUCCAGACCAGAGACGGCAAUGAUGAUACUGCCCUCUCCAAACCGUCCAAAGUCCCGUGUCUCAAGUGCGGGUGUGGCUCGGAAGAGCACUGGUCGUCUCAGCACCUCGCAUUCCAGUACAGGAAUAUGGCCGCCACCCGUGUCCUUUCCAGUCAGUCGGUCCAUGACGCCUGCACCAGAGGGCAUUGGUAAACAGCUAGCUGUUGACUGGAAGAAGAGGGAACAAGUUAUGAGGCCAAAAACUGUCCAUGGACAAUUGAGGAGUAAAAUAGCGGAACAACUGUUGACAAAUCUGGAGCCGGACACCCACCAAACUAUGAUUACCCUGCAGACAUUACAAUUAUAAAUCAGACUUUGUAGUUUGCGCCUGUUCAAAAUUUGAGAUGAGCUGCUACCUAUCUAGGCUCCAAGUGUUUGAAAUAUGCCUCGUAUCAGGUCAAGGUCAGGCGGUGUUGACCUUGACCUCAGCUGUUGCCUAUCUUGACACUGAUCUUGGUUUUGUUUGUAUUUGUCCUGCGUGGGUGCCGCACUUGUGUUAGUUGAGAGAGAAAUGAGUUUUAUCAUUAUUCUAUGCAAAUGUACACCUUAUCUCUUGACAAGUUUCAUUCAUACUUGGGGUGGGGGGUGGGGGGUAAUCACAGUGAGCAAGCCUAUGUAUAGUUGCCGAUGAAAAGCACAAAUUUCAAGAAUGAUAUUGUUUAUUUCCCUUCCUUUUUUGUUUAUUCCUGAUAUAAAACCAGUCAUCCCAUCAUAUAAUAGAUAUGCAAUAAAGCUCCCACCUAUGCCAUGUACCAAAUAAUCAUAGUAAAUGAAUGUACCGUAAUGAAUGAAUUAUGUAAAAUGUUCAAGUGUACAUAUUGUGACAUAGCCAAAAAUGUGUAAUAGUGAUCUUAGGAUUUGUUAUUUUGUACUGAUAAUUAGUUGUUACGAUAAUGUCAAAUGUUCUCGUGACAACCUUGUCAUGAAUAUCAUGAAUAUAUUUUACUCCAGUGUAUAUGAACAGAUUCCGCCCAUAUUGUGUAAGGUCAUAGAUUACAGUAACUGUUAGGUACUUAAUCAACAUUUAGGCAGCAAGAAAUUAAGAAAUGCUAAGGAAGUUAUUGAUGUUCCCAACCCAUGACCAAGGUCUCUGAGCCAAAUAAAUGCUUUGGUAUAAUGUGGUUUGUAUUCUUUUGUGGCUUGUGGUAUCUAAAGUGACUUUCAGAAGCAUUUGUACUCUUUCAUGGGGAAAAAUGUCAUCAAUAAUUCUAAAGUAGAUCCUGAGGUUGCUACCAUGUCUGUGGCAAAACAAAUCGGCCUUUGCUGAAGUAUGCAUUACACUCUAACUGCAAAUGUAAGCAAAGUCAACAAUGACAUUGAUCUUGUCUGCGGAUAAGUUAGACCAGUUCCCAUCUUGGCCACCAUCUUUACCACUAGAUGUUGUGGUGGUCACGGAUGAAUCAUUAUCAUUUUGCAGAUCUCAGAUGGGUAUCAGUCUACUGAAAAUCUCUCAACAGAAAAGUUCAUUACAUUGUUCUGUUCAGCAGCUUCAGUAGGUUUACUCACAAUCAUGGUUGUGACCAUAUAUCCAGCCGUCCAUUUCAUUUUGAUGACCUUUAUCAUUUUUAUUUUGUAAAAGUUAUUUUAUCAUCUUUAUGAAUGUUUAGUUCUUAUUUAUACUGCUGAAAUAAA